UCUUUGGCGCCGUUUGGAUCACUUCCCACGCGAUCGCAGAUCUCCAGUAUUAGCGCCCAGUCUUCGGUGGUAUUGGUCUCCGAAGUGGCCUUUUCUGCAGAGGAAUCACAGGAAUCACACAAAACUGUCAUUAAUACUGUAUAUUGCGUUUCUAUGGCAACCAUUCUAUACGACUAUCCAAUGGUUCGCUUACAACUGGUCUCCACUGUACACAACUGGCAGUGCAUUCAAUGCAACAAUUUGAAUGAUUUGUUGCGAAGAAGUGGAAGAAUGCGUCUACGGAUCAAAUCGAGUGAUGAACAGCCGAUGUCGUCGAUGACUGAUUACAAGUAUUGGUCGCUCGCCUUAAUUAGUAUUAAAUCGACGUCUGAAUGGACUCUGGAUUAUCCGCCACUGUUUGCGUGGUUUGAGUUAUGUUUAUCAAAGUUUGCCCAUUAUUUUGAUGAAAAUAUGUUGCAAAUCACUGCAAAGGGAUAUAUUAGCGACAAAACAAUUGUCUUUCAACGGUUGACAGUAAUUAUAACGGAUUUUGUCUACUUUUACGCUGUCCUCCAGUGGUGUCAAGCGAUGGGCAAAUUAAAGAUCCGUUUCAGCAAACAAUGCGUUUACGACCAGUGGUUUCACCCGAAUGUCAUACUAGCGAUGCUAUUCCUAUGGAAUCCGGGUUUACUACUCGUCGAUCACAUCCACUUCCAAUACAACGGCAUUUUAAGCGCUUUACUCCUUCUCUCCAUCGCUAGGAUUAUACAGAAACGAGAGAUUGAAUCCGCCUUUUGGUUC